AUGAAAAGAUUGCUGGCGAAGACUAGAUUAAAUGCAGAUUCAAACACUGUGUUUAGAGCAAAGAAUGGUUGGUUCAACAAAUUUAAAGGGAGAUAUUCUUUGCAUACUCUUAAAUUCAGUGGAGAAUCGGCUGAUGUAGAUAAAGAUGUUGCGAAUGAAUAUAGUUCCUCUUUGCCUAGAGUAGUUGUCAAUGGAGAAUACUCUUCUAGUCAAAUAUUUAAUGUCGAUGAGAUAGGUUUAUUUUUGAAAAAAUGCCCAAUCAGAUGGCUGGAUCCUUUGGCAAAGAUAUCAAAGCAACUAAAAGGCUUAGCUCCCUUCACUCUCUACUUCGGAGUAAAAUUUUAUGCUUCAGAUCCAUGUAAGCUUUUGGAAGAAAUAACAAGGUAUCAAUUUGUUCUCCAGUUGAAGCAAGACAUUUUGCAAGGCAGGUUACCCGUUUCGGAAGAACUGGCUGCUGAGCUUUUUGCACUGUCUUUGCAAGCGGAACUUGGUGACUAUGAUCCAAGGAAGCACCAUAAACUCUAUGUUUCCGAAUUUCGAUUCUUACCCGAUCAAAGUCCGGAACUGGAAGACAGAGUUGAACAGAUACACAAAACUCUGGUUGGGCAAGUACCUUCAACUGUAGAAAUGACUUUUUUAGAGAAAGUUAAGUGGUUGGACAUGUAUGGUGUUGAUUUGCAUCCAGUUAUGGGAGAAGACCAUGUCGAAUAUUUUUUGGGAUUAACACCGAGUGGGGUAGUCGUGAUGAAGAAAAAAAAUAAAAUUAGCAACUAUUUCUGGCCUCGGAUUAGUAAGGUCUUCUUUAAAGGAAAAUACUUCAUGAUCCGAGUCAGAGAUAAAGCGAACGAUGAAAUGACUUACGGGUUCUUGCUGAAUUCCAAAGAAGCUUGCGAAUACCUCUGGAAGUGUUGCGUGGAACAUCACGCAUUUUUUAGACUAACACAAGUAAAAGAUGUAUCCGGAAAUCCUAUGCAAAUAUUUCGGUUAGGAUCAAAAUAUAGAUACAGUGGACGAACUGAGCAACAAAUAAGAAAUGAAAUGAAGCAAAUACGAAGGCCGCCGCCUCCUAUAGUACGGGUACCAAGCCGAAGAUUUCAAAAACGAGUUGGUGAACCAGAUGGCGCUGAUGCGGAUGUCGAGGAGAAAGAAGUCUUUAAAAAGAGUAUUUUAUAUGACACUAAAGAUGACUUGGCAUUAUCUCAGUUGGCUUGCCCGACACCUUUGUAUAGAUCGGUAUCAACACCUGCUGUUCUGUCAGCACUGGAGCAGCAAAAUAACUCUGAUGAUAUACCGCCAUGGGAGAACCCAAAUCAAAGGGGAUUAUUUUCAAGUCGGCAGUCCUUAGCAUCAUCCAGAGGCUCAGAAAGAAAAUCCAGUCAUCGAUGCCAUCACAAAAGAUCUAGUUCCAUAGACAGUCAUACAAGCAAUGAUUCACGAAGGAGGAGUAAGCAUCAUCGUUGCAAAAGAAGUUCUGACAAUGAAAGCGAUAUCUCCAAAUCAUCAAGGGGCUCUAGAGGUUCAAGAUCUUCGAGAAACGGUAGUUCUCACAGGAAAACUAGAAGCCACAGUCGUGAAAGUGGAAGUGAUUCAGACUGUCAUCACAGAAGCAGACGGAGAAAGCACAGCAGCCGUAGAUCUGGUAGCAAUUAUAAUCUCGUCGACUCGGAAACUCAAUGGAAAAUGGUUCAAAAACAACAGCGCGAGAAAGAUCAUGCAAGACUUCAGAAUGCUGUUGUAAGAGACCUGUCUAACAGAAAGAGUGGGUACAUGAACUCAGGAAUAGAUACAGAAUCAGAGGCUCCAUUACAUCAUCGGAAGAAGCAUAGGAGACACAGCCGAUCAAGAUCCCGAUCGCCUGAAGUCACUCCUGCCUUAUCACAGGAAAUAAAGAAGCAUAUAGAGUAUCAUUUAAUAGAUCCAACAAAUUUGACUGAAGAAGAACGUAGAGACAUUAAGUAUACAAAAGUCGAAUCUGAGAGCAGUGUUUACAAAAUUCGUUACUCUCCAGCAUCCGGAAGACCAAGGUAUAAAGUAGCAAAAGUAUCUUCUAGAACAUCAUUGGACAGGCUAAGUAAAAAAUCGGGUUAUGAAGAUGAUCCUCCGCCACCAUAUACCCCAAGCCUCACUAAUGGUGAAAUUUGCAAAAAUACCAUGAAAACAAUAGCUAAUGGAACGGACGUUUGUAAAUCAAAUAUCGUGAGGUUAACAAAAAAGGCGAAUGAAAAAGACCUUAACGACAGCCAGAAUAAAAUUUCACGUGGUACAAAUGACUCUCAAGUAAGAUUUGAAGCCAAUUCCUAUGCACACAAUAAACAGCAUCAACGGCGGAAAAGGAACGACAGCACAAAGAAAUCAUCCAAGAAAAGCCAAGAAAUCAGUACUGAGCUUUAAAUAACGAAAAAUGUUUAGAAAUAUUGUACUUUGUACAAAGACGUGACUAUUUUUCAAAUAAAUAAUGUAAAUAAAACUAUCAGA